UUUCUAAUGUCAAUAACAAGACCAAUAUUGCAAUAAAAAAUAAGCUAUUCAAUAAAAAAAUACCUAAUUAAGGUUAUAGUUAUUGAUUCCGGAUAAGUUUCUUUCGUUUUUUUAUUGACUUAUAGUGAAUUAUUUGACCGCAAAUAGGACCGUGUUGCAACAAUGGCAAGCGAUUCCGCUCGUGGACAAAUUUUAUCUGGGACCGAAAUAGCAGCUGAUAUUCGUUCAAAAUUAACAGCUGAAGUAAGUGAAUUGAAACAAAAAGUACCAGGAUGGGCACCUGGAUUAGCAAUCGUUCAAGUAGGCGGGCGAGAAGAUUCGAACGUUUAUAUACGGAUGAAAAUGAAAGCUGCUCAAGAUAUUGGUAUUAAGGCUGAACAUAUUAAAUUACCAAAAAGUAUUACGGAAUUAGAGCUUUUGCAAAAACUACAAAAAUUAAAUGAUGAUCCAAAUGUUCAUGGUAUUAUUGUUCAAAUGCCCCUAGAUUGUGAGAAAAAAAUUGAUUCACAUUUAAUAACAGACGCUGUAUCACCAGAUAAAGAUGUGGAUGGAUUGUGUACAAUUAACGAAGGUCGUUGUGCAACUGGUGAUAUGUCUGGUUUUGUACCAUGUACACCAUUUGGUUGUUUAGAAAUGAUUCGUCGAAGUGGUGUACCAAUUGCUGGAGCCCGAGCAGUAGUUUUAGGACGUAGUAAAAUUGUUGGUACACCAGCAGCUGAAUUAUUGAAAUGGAAUCAUGCAACUGUUACUGUAUGCCAUUCAAAAACAAAGAAUAUUGAUAAAAUUUGUGCAGAAGCUGAUAUAUUGGUAGUUGGUAUUGGUCAACCUGAAUUGGUGCGUGGUAGUUGGGUAAAACCAGGAGCAGUUGUAAUCGAUUGUGGUAUUAAUGCAAUUCCAGAUUCAACAAAGAAGAGUGGCCAACGUUUAGUUGGGGAUGUUGCAUACGAAGAAGCUCGUUUAGUUGCGUCAUACAUUACCCCAGUACCCGGUGGUGUUGGACCUAUGACUGUUGCAAUGCUAAUGAAAAAUACUGUACUGAGUGCUAGUCGCGCAGUUGAUAGAUUAUUAAAUUGUUCAUGGGCUUUAAGACCGCUAUCUUUACAAAAACAAAAACCAGUCCCCAGUGAUGUAGUAAUUGCUCGAUCACAAACUCCAAAAGAUAUCAGUAUUUUAGCAAAGGAAAUUGGAUUAUACAAUAAUGAAAUCUCACAAUAUGGAAAUACUAAAGCAAAAAUAUCGUUAGCAGUAAUUGAUCGCUUAAAAAAUCAGCCUAAAGGAAAAUAUGUAGUCGUUGUUGGAAUCACACCAACGCCUUUGGGAGAAGGAAAAAGUACCACAACAGUUGGUUUAGUACAGGCUCUUACAGCACAUAAAAAUAAAAACGCAAUAGCCUGUCUCAGACAACCAUCACAAGGGCCUACAUUUGGAAUAAAAGGAGGAGCAGCUGGAGGUGGCUAUGCUCAAGUAAUACCAAUGGAAGAUUUUAAUUUACAUUUAACGGGUGACAUUCAUGCAGUAACAGCUGCAAAUAAUCUUCUAGCAGCACAAUUAGAUGCACGCAUAUUCCACGAAGCAACUCAACCAGAUGGACCAUUAUUCAAUCGAUUAGUCUCAGCUAAAAAAGGAUUUUCUAAGAAUCAAUUAAGACGAUUAACUCGACUAGGAAUAAAUAAAACUGAUCCAAAAACUUUUACUGAUGAAGAAAAAGUUAAAUUUGCACGGUUAAAUAUUGAUCCACAAAAUGUUGUUUGGACUCGAGUUAUGGACAUUAAUGAUCGAUACUUGCGGAAAAUAACAGUUGGACAGGCACCAACAGAAAAAGGUCUUACACGUGAGACUAGUUUUUCAAUUUCCGUUGCUAGUGAAAUUAUGGCUAUUCUUGCAUUAGCAACUGAUUUAGAAGAUAUGAAAGAACGAUUAAGAAAAAUGAUCGUUGCUUUUGAUAAAACCGGAAAUCCAGUAACUGCUGAUGAUUUGGGUGUAGCAGAAGCUUUAUUAAUUUUGUUAAAAGAUGCAAUUGAACCAACAUUGAUGCAAACAUUAGAAGGUGGACCUGUAUUAGUACACGCUGGUCCAUUUGCCAAUAUUGCACAUGGCUGUUCUUCAAUUAUUGCUGAUUCCAUUGGUCUUAAAUUAGUCGGUGGUGAUGGCUUUGUCAUAACAGAGGCUGGUUUUGGCUCAGAUAUAGGAAUGGAAAAAUUCUUCGAUAUAAAAUGUCGUAUUUCAAAAGAAACUCCCAACUGUAUUGUACUUGUUGCAACAAUUAGAGCGUUAAAAAUGCACGGUGGUGGUCCAGCGGUAACAUCCGGUGCCCCAUUAGCGGCUGAAUAUACAAACGAGAAUUUAGAUUUAUUAGAAAAAGGAAUUCCAAAUCUUGUACGGCAUAUAGAAAAUGGAAAGAAAUUUGGAAUUCCAGUGGUAGUUGCUGUCAACUCUUUUGUUACCGAUUCACAAUCAGAAAUUGAGCUUGUUAAAAAGGCAGCUAAAAACGCUGGUGCUUUCGAUGCCGUAUGUUGUAGUCAUUGGGCAGAAGGUGGAGAAGGUGCUUUAGAACUUGCUGAAGCAGUCGAAAAAGCAUCAAACUCCGCAAGCAAUUUCAAAUUAUUGUAUCCAUUAAAUUCAUUAAGUAUUACUCAAAAAAUUGAACACAUUGCUAGAGAAAUGUACGGAGCCGGUGGUAUUGAAUUAAAUGAAAAAGUUAAAACGCAAAUAGAAGUGUACGAAAAACAGGGUCUUGGCAACUUACCUAUAUGUAUGUCAAAAACAUCAAUGUCGUUAACUGGUGAUCCAAACAUUAAAGGAGCUCCAACCGGUUUCACAUUGAAAAUUUCAGACAUUUUUGUAUCAGCUGGUGCUGGAUUUAUUGUUCCUAUGGUUGGAGAGAUAUCUAAAAUGCCAGGACUUCCUACACGUCCUAGCUUUUACGAUAUGGAUUUGGAUACUACAACGGGAGAAAUUGAAGGAUUAUUUUAAUUAUUAAUUAUGUUUUGUGAAUUCCUAGUUUGUAGUACAUUUGCGUAAAUCUUUCGAUUCAGUACUAUAUUAGUAUUAAGAAUACUAAAAACUAAUUUGUAUCUUAAAGUUAUUUUUAUAUUGAAUUUUUUAAGAUUUUAUGUAUUUAAUACAGAACUGAUAGUUUAAAUGUGGAAAUUAUAAAAAAAAAACAUAUUUUAUACAA